AUGUGCAUUGCUUUGGACACGUACGCUGCUGCUGGCAUUGCUGCUUGGCUCGCGCGCUCCGGCUACGCCACGCUCUGCGACUCCGUCGCGAUGCCUCUGCUGCGAAUGCUGGACGCCGAGGAGGCACACACGAUCGCGGUCAAGGCGGCGUCUCUCGGACUUGCACCCAAGGCAAAACGCGACUGGACGAUGGAUGACCCAAUCCUGGCGUCCCACGUGAUGGGCCUGCGGUUCCCGAACCCCAUCGGGCUGGCGGCGGGUUUCGACAAGCACGGGGAGGCGGUGGACGGUCUCAUGGACACGGGGUUCGGGUUCGUUGAGGUCGGGAGCGUGACGCCCAACCCCCAGGAGGGAAACCCCAAGCCCAGGAUGUUCAGGCUGGAGGAAGACGAGGGCGUGAUCAACCGCUGCGGCUUCAACAGCGACGGCCUGCGGGUGGUGCAGCAACGCCUCAAGAACCGUCAGGCCUCCGCCAUGAACGGCCGUUCCGGGUUGCUAGGCGUCAACGUCGGGAAGAACAAGCUAUCUGAGGACUCCUCGGCGGACUUCUGCAAGGGCAUCCGCACGCUGGGGUGCUACGCGGACUACCUGGUGGUGAACGUAUCGUCUCCCAACACCCCGGGACUGCGGGACCUCCAAGGGGUCAAGGCCAUCAGGGCGGUCAUUCUGGCGGCGAUGGACGCAAGAGAUCAGGUGGUCUGACUCUGCGGGUGUUUUUGGCCUGCGACGUGGGCUUUGUUUUCUCUUGUUACUGCUGUUCCCCUCCCUUUUUUCGGUGUGUGUCUUGCGCUGUUCGAGGUUGCAUGUUGUCUGUGCUCCCCGUGAAUAUCUUACUUGUUACCAUGGUGGUUUCUUCGUGUUUGGCUCAGGUUGUUGCUGUUUGGUUGAUUUUGCAAUUUGCUGAUUUAGCCCCCCGACCCCGGUGUCGAUGUCGAUGCGUGUGCUGAAAUUAUUAUUGUGGCAAUCGUCCUUAGCUUCCCUCUCUACCUAGGAUUCUGAGAGAUUGGUUU